AGAACUGGAGAACUUGGACGUCCAUCCACUUUCCUUCUCCAUAAUCAAACUGAAGUUGAUCAUCUGGUAUUGUUUUUGCAGUUCCUGAUCUUCUGUCCUUGCCCGCAUCUCAGACAAGAUCUUACAGCCAAGGAAAAGAUUUGUAGAAGUUUGAUGAACCUGAUGGCAAAACUGAGGCAGUGAUUGAGCAGCCUGCGCUAACCUCUUGUCCAAAAGUCCGAUCAUGCUUGCAGACUACUGACACGUCAGUUUCUAUAUGUUCCAGGGAAGUGGGAGGCCCCUUUGGCAAUCUGUCAGUGCCAGACUCAGCUGCAUCCUUUCACUGAGCGAUUUCUAACCAGACUGACAGUCCUUAAAACAAGUAUGCAGUUAAGCUGCUGAGAUGGCAUUAGAAGCUAAUGUGGUCUCUGCAUCAAGAAUCUUCCUCAGUAAAUUCCAAGGGAUGGAGGAAGCCAGUUUGUGCCUUGGCGUUUCUUCAGCUGUACCCGAAGCUGACGCUCACCUCAACAGCUCUAUUCUGAAUGGCCAGUAUUCAAUGAGUCAGAAGCUGCACCAGAUAACAUCCCAGCUUAGUCAUGCAUUUCCAGAGCUUCAGAACAGGCAAAAUCCAGAGGAAAAGCCAACGACACACCUAGAGGACAAGGGCCAUCAUGUGUCCAUAGCAAACCAGCCCAUUAGCAGUCAGAUGGCCUUGCUAGCCAACCAACUCAACAGAGAGGUUGACACCAGUUUGAACGGAAGAGUCGACCUGCAGCAGUUCUUAAAUGGACAGAACCUAGGCAUCAUGUCUCAAAUGAGUGAUAUAGAGGAUGAUGCUCGGAAGAACAGGAAAUACCCAUGCCCCUUGUGUGGGAAGCGCUUUCGUUUCAACAGCAUCCUGUCACUCCACAUGCGCACCCAUACGGGAGAGAAGCCUUUCAAGUGCCCCUAUUGUGAUCACAGAGCCGCUCAGAAAGGAAACUUGAAGAUUCACCUACGUACUCACAAGCUUGGCAACCUUGGCAAGGGCCGCGGGAGGGUUCGGGAAGAGAACAGGCUCUUGCAUGAGCUGGAAGAGCGGGCCAUCUUGCGAGACAAGCAGAUGAAAAGCAGCCUUCUGCAACCGAGACCCGACAUCAAAGCACACCCACUUUCUCAGCCAAUGCCUCUUCCUAACUGCAAUUUGUCUGUGCCUGCGAACCACAGCACACCUGAUAUCUCCAACCCUGUCCCCUCCCCAAAGCCCGCCAGUGUCCAGGAAGAAGUGGUCGCCACCGCUGCUGGAUUCAGAUGCACCUUUUGCAAAGGGAAGUUCAAGAAACGGGAAGAACUUGACAGGCACAUCCGGAUCCUUCACAAGCCUUACAAGUGCACUUUGUGUGAUUUUGCUGCAUCGCAAGAGGAGGAGCUGAUCAGUCACGUGGAAAAGGCUCACAUAACUGCCGAGUCAGCUCAGGGCCAGGGGUCCAACGGAAACGGAGAGCAAGCCGCCAACGAGUUCCGGUGUGAAGUCUGUGGUCAAGUCUUCAGCCAAGCGUGGUUCCUUAAAGGCCACAUGAGGAAACAUAAGGAUUCCUUUGAGCACUGCUGCCAAAUUUGUGGGAGACGUUUCAAGGAGCCUUGGUUCCUUAAAAACCACAUGAAGGUCCACCUGAACAAACUAUCGGUGAAAAACAAAUCUCCUAAUGACUCAGAAGUACCUGUGUCCAUCAGCAGCAUGUCACAGGAAGCUCAUGCCAACUUGUAUUCCAGAUACCUGUCCUGCUUGCAAAGCGGCUUUCUUCCUCCUGACAAAGCAGGGCUCAGCGAACAGAACCAGACUUACAGCAAAGGAGAGCUGCCCAUGAAAGAGAGAGAAGUUUUGGGCAAGCUCCUGUCCCCCAUUGCUGGCAUUGGCCACAGCCUUGCUGAAGGGGACAAACACUCUUUAUUGGGCUGUCUUAACCUUGUGCCUCCUCUCAAAUCCAGCUGCAUAGAGAGGCUACAGGCGGCGGCCAAGGCUGCCGAGAUGGACCCUGUAAACAGCUAUCAAGCUUGGCAGCUAAUGGCAAGAGGAAUGGCCAUGGAACAUGGUUUUUUGACUAAAGAGCACCAGAUACAGCGGAGCCAUGAAGACUCUUUGGCAAAUGCUGGAGUUAUGUUUGAUAAGGAGAAGCGGGAGUAUGUGUUAGUAGGAGCAGAUGGCUCCAAGCAGAAAAUGCCUGCUGAUUUGGUUCACAGCACUAAAAUGGGCAAUCAGAGAGACUUGUCAAACAAACUAGACCCUUUGGAAGGCAGUAGAGAUUUUCUGUCUCACGGUAUGAACCAGGGGCUUGAUUAUAACAUGCAGAGCCACAGCAACAUGAAAGAAAAGCCAACUGAAUGCCCUGACUGUGGCAGGGUUUUUAGAACAUACCACCAAGUUGUUGUUCAUUCCAGAGUCCACAAAAGAGACAGGAAGGCGGAAGAUGAAAUCAUUCAGGGGAGCAUCGAAGAACGCCGUGGGUCUGGGAGCGAUCAGGAAUCUCAGUCAGUCAGCAGAUCGACAACCCCAGGGUCCUCGAAUAUUACUGAAGAAAGUGGAAUGGGUGGAGGCCUCUCACAGACCGGAAGUGCCCAGGAAGACAGUCCACAUCCUUCUUCACCUUCUUCCUCAGACAUCGGAGAAGAAGCAGGAAGAUCUGCCGGAGUCCAGCAGCCAGCUUUACUGAGAGACAGAAGCCUCGGAUCUGCUAUGAAAGACUGCCCCUAUUGUGGGAAAACAUUUAGGACCUCACACCACUUAAAGGUUCACUUGAGGAUACACACAGGUGAGAAGCCUUACAAAUGUCCUCACUGUGAUUACGCUGGUACCCAGUCGGCAUCUCUUAAAUAUCACUUGGAACGACACCACCGUGAACGACAGAACGGAUCUGGGCCACUCUCUGGACAGUCCCAAAGUCAAGAUCACAAAGAUGAAACAUCAAGUAAAGGAUCGAUGUUCAUUAGACCUGAGGUGCUAAGAGGAGCCUUCAAAUGUCUUCCGGGUAUAGAUUUCCGGAGUAGCCUCGGAUCUCAGCAGUGGUCACCACCAGGAAUGCUUUCUUCAGGAGAACAUCAAGGUCAUUCGAUUGGCAUGUCAUCAGAAAUUUCUUCAGAUGGUAUGAAAGGUUCUGACAUAUCCUCCAAAGGGACCCGCUUUUCUGAACUGGGCCGAGCUUAUCAUAGUGUAGUUGGAAAUGGAGUGAACUUCCAAGGCUCACUGCAAGCUUUUAUGGACAACUUUGUCCUCAGUUCCUUGAAGAAGGAAAAAGAAAUGAAGGAUAAAGUUUUGUCUGAUUGCCUUUCCACAAAGCCUCUGGGUCCAGAGGGUGGCGAUGAAAAAGUAUCUAGUAAGCCGAGGAAAACAGAAAAAUCGCAGUAUGAACCUCUUGACCUCUCUGUGAGGCCAGAUGCUGCCAGUCUUCCAGGUUCAUCAGUUACAGUCCAAGACAAUAUUGCUUGGCAUGGCUGCUUGUUUUGUUCCUUCACAACAUCAUCCAUGGAACUAAUGGCUCUUCAUCUCCAAGCCAAUCAUUUAGGCAAAGCUAAACGUAAAGAUGGCGUAUUAGGAUCAAUUAGAAAUGGCAAAGACCAACCUAGAGAGGUGGCUGCAUCAGUGAAUAAAGUCAGCCUCCUUUCCACUUCCGUACAGUCCAACAAAGACCCAGCCAUUCCCAACCUGAUUGGCCAAAUGGAUUCAGGUUCUGAAAGAAUGAAUCAAGGAUCCAAGGAAUCACCAGGAGAUCAAAAGAACACUCCUUGGCCCGGCCACGUGGAUUCCACUUUUUAUAAUUUUGCAGCAGACUUCUAUAAGCAAUUUGGUGUUUAUUCUGGAGUAGUAGGAACACAUAAUUCUUGCACCACUGGUGAAGCUGACAUAAAAACACAAUCUGAAGAUGAUGCAAAUGUGCUGCUUUCUGAUUCUGUAAAUAAAAGUGCUACUGAUGACCUUUCAGACAUAGCUUCAUCUGAAGACAUGGAGUCCUCCAAGGAAGAAACCAUUGACGAUGAGGACAUUGAAACAGAAUCAGAUCUUACAAACAAAACAUUGCCCAAUCUGAGUAGAGAAGAUACCGACAGAGGGGACAGCAUACAAAGCUCUGCUGCCUCAAAAACACCUUCCCAAGGACUAAUAUCUCCAUUGCCACCUUCUGAAAAGCAAUGGCAUAGUCAGAAUUUGCUUCUUCCCCAUGAAGUUGCACAAAGUGCAAUGAAAUCUGAACAAGCUCAAAGUCCACAGGUCCUGGAGAAGCAAGUAAACAUGUUGUCGGUCCUAAGAGCCUACAGCUCUGAUGGCUUAGCAGCCUUUAAUGGACUUGCAAGUAGCACAGGAAGUAGUGGAUGUAUCAAGAGACCUGACUUGUGUGAAGGAAAAAUUAAUACCAAGUGGCUGUAAUGAUUAGAACACGAAAAUACUCAAGUCCACAGU